AUGAAUCAGGCUGCAGCCGGGGCCGCCCAGCGGAUGCCGCAGCUCGUAAUCAUGGAGCUGUGGGACAUUCGGAAACACCGCCUGUGCAUCUUCCGGUACGACCGGCGAGAGGCGAGGCCGGGAAUCUUGCUGCUGAGCAACUUCGAGGCCAAGUUCAGCGCGCAGAGCGAAAGGCGGUGGCGGGAAGUCGCUGACGGGCACGACAGCCGUCGCUAUCUGGAGUGCACGGAGGCUCCCAUUCCCUAUCCGCCAGGGGGCCUAGCCACCGGGUUCCAAUACUUGUGUCUCGCGCGACGGAUGAUAGACGACUCGUCCAGGAUGCAAAUUACGAAUGAGUAUGCGCGUGACUUCCGGAUCUGGCUACACACCCUACAGCCACCCCUACAGCCAUGA